AUGGAUUUAGACGUAAAACAUUCAAAUUCUUCAAAGUUAGACAGUCACUGCGAGAUCUGCUUCCCAUUGGAUCACGAUGAAGUUCCAUCAAGAGGCGAAUACGUCGAUCUUCUUGAAUUUUCAAAUGUUAGUAUUUUUGUAAAUUUUAAAUUACAAAAUAUUGUUUUUAAAACACAUCCUUGGAGACUGUGUCAAAACAGCGGAAAGCGGAAACGCGUGUUAAGAUUGUGAAGAUACAUUUUCAGUUCAAAGGAUCACCCUACUGUCUCAUAACUUCCGCAAGUGAACCUCGAAAAUUUUUUGCAGACUUCAGGUACUAAUUUUUAAAGCAGUUCUGAAUGAAGAGCUUAUUUAGAUACACUUGGUCUGUUCCACUUGUCCAUGAUUAUCCGCUUGUAGAUAAGGAAGUGCUCGCUUCACGUCGCGUUCAGGCGGCAAUUGCGAACUUCGGCCAAAGUUGUGAAGAGAAAGCAACACAACAACAACGUGGCAUAAAUUUUCUGACAGAAAUUCGGGCGAAUAUGUCAAAGACUAUAUGCAAAUGCUGUGCAUAUCUUUUAUACAAGAUAUUCAGAAAAUUAAUUCAUAAACUGCUUAUUUGUCCUGAUGAAGUCAAACAGCUUCAAAUUGCCGAAAACGUGAGUUCAAACAGGGGUGGCAUUAUAAAAAACGAGUCCGCAUUUAAACCAGACUUGUCGCGGGGCGGGCCGAUGGAGCUUUGACGAAUUUUUUCAAAACAAAACUUUCGAGGCAAAGUUUAUUCCAAUAUCGUGCCUUUCUGUAAUUUUGAGUUUGCAAAAUACGUUUUCGCGCUUGCAUUUCGUAGGCACCUUUUGAGCAAACUUUUGGGAUAAAAAUUUUUCGAACAAAACUUCAUGAUAUCAGCUUUUGAGCAACAGUCGGGCGAAGGUUGCUAAAGUCUUGCUCAAAAAAUGCAUACGUCUACCGAGUACUGAUGCAGAAUAUCUGUUUUUUUGCAGACAGGCCUUCCUUUGGUAUACCUCCCGCUCCAUCGCAGCCACCUCGACUAUCUUCUCAUAACUUGGUGCAACUGGCACUUUGGUUUGAAGCUUCCACACAUUGCAUCGGGCGACAAUCUCAAUCUCUGCGGACUAGGGUAAGAGCUUAAUACGGCAAAUAUCUUGUAACCCGAUUGCUUAAAGAUGGCUUCUCCGGGCUACUGGAGCGUUUUUCAUCCGCAGGCGUAUAGACCCAGAAGACGAAAGGGGGAAGGACCAGCUUUACCGAGCUGUUUUGCACUCAUACAUUGAACAAGUGCUCACUAAAAAUAUGCCGAUAGAAUUUUUUCUGGAGGGGACAAGAAGCAGAUUCGGAAAAGUUCUGACUCCAAAAAAUGGGCUUAUAUCUAAUGUGGUAGAAGCUGUACAGAAAGGUAAUUAUUCUAUAAAUAUCUGACAAGCCUGACCCCCGGCUAAUUCCCGAAUUCGCAUACGAUAGGCCUAUCAUAUACCUAUUUACCCUAAAAAUUGCUUGCGAUAGGUCUAUUUAGCAUGAAAUUUUCGUGAUCGGUCCAUCAUGUGUCUAUGGAAGAACCCGCUCCGAGUUCUGAAUAGACCCACCACGAGUCACAUGUGAAAUCGCGCGCCUGCGGAGCACGCGGUCGCGGGUUCCAUAAUCGUUUCCAAUCUAACUAGCUAAUUCUCGUUUCUAACCGGACCUAGUUAGAUUGCUACCGAUUUCUGAAUCUAGCUAGCUGAUUCUGCAAUGUAAACAUAAUCUAGGUAGGUUUGCCCGAAGUUUUAAUCUGCGGACAUACAAAAUAACGGUUAAACUGAAACAAGCUAAUUUUGCAAAGAAUUUUCAAAGACACUGAAAUUAGAUUCAAAAUUCAUCUACUAGUAAUUAGAUUAAUAUUUCGGCAAAAUCCAGCUAGAUUAUGUUUACAUUGCAAAAUCUAGCUAGCUAUAAUAUAUAGAUUACCGUAAAAACUGUAUUAUAACGACACCUGUAAUAGAACGGCACCUGUAUUAUAACGGCACCCUUAGCUAUCCUUCGAAAAAUAUAACGGCACCCUGUAAUAAAACGGCACCUGUAAUAUAACGGCACCCCCAGACAUCCUUCGAAAAAUAUAACGGCAUGCCGUUAUAAUACAGUUUUUACGGUAAUAACGUAUUGCCUGACAUUGUGAGUCGGCCGCACGGAAGAGACGCGUCAAUAUACCCGAAUGUCAUUAUUACUUCAUUAUUCUUCAAAAAUCUGUCUGAAAUCUGCCUUUUGUCAGAAAAAUGAAGAAAAUUGUGAUCUAGCGUGUCCCACUCAAAAUGUAAAUUAUGAAGGCGCAAAACUUCAGUGCGCGAAUUCUGGCUCGAACAAUUUCUCUCCGUGCGAAACCCAAGAAAAAAGAAAAGAAUGGAAAAAACAGUGCAAGCGUUCCUUUUUUUUUAUUUUUUUUCAUAUAGCUGACAAACGCUGUUUAAGGAUUCAUAAAGGAUUGUUUUCUGGUGCCAGUGUCUUACACUUACGAUGCUGUUGUUGAGGGCAUAUUUCUUCACGAGUUGAUGGGUAUACCGAAGGUGCGUAAUUGUUUACUGUCGGGAAAUUUAAACGCACUUUGUUGAGAUUUUGCGAGCCGAAACCGCUCGGGGACUCGAAUUGGAAUAAAUUCAAAUGGCAUGCACAGAUGGAAGAGAAACACGCACUAGUCCGUCCGUCAUGCCGACUUUUUUGAUGAGUUUUACAAUAUUUCAAUAAAAUAUGAAAUUUUUCGUUUUUUUUCAGCAUAUUAUACUCAAUUUACCGCUCUUUACCCUCGAUUUUUACGUACUCGAGCCUAAUUUCAGAAAACUUGGCUUGAGUCUGCAAACACCGAGGGGCACUAGCGAUGAAUUGAGCUUAUCAGUUUUUCUUAACGAAUCUAAUGAAAAGAUAACGGAAUCUGUCAGUUUCUUAAUUUCUUUCAAAAAUGUACCGAGCCGUGGUCGUGAGCAAAAUCUCAACAGAUCCCGUUCACAUUAAAAUGCCCCGAUAGUAAUCAUCAUAAUUUUUUUUAGGUCCGAGAGAGCGUACUUGGAGUUUUUCGUGGAAUUUUAGAAGGCUUCAGCAAGUCCAAACAGUGCGGUGUUGUGAGAGUUAACUACGGGAGACCGAUCCGUUUGAGCGUAAGAAGAAUAUUACGGCUAUGGCUUGGGGAUAUUUCACUGCAAUGGCAUUUUGUUGGGAAACUCUUUUCGGGCCAAUACUCAAUGACUUCCACACAUAAUGACUCCCAGUUGCUUAACGACUUUCACCGUUCCGCACUACUCAAGAGGCAUUACGAUGUGCCAAGUAUGGGAUACAUCGGUCGGGGGCGGGUCAGAAAGUUAUUCAUGAGAAAAGCUUGCACAGAAUCCAAAAACUUCUAUUUGUUUAGUAAGAAGAAAGAUUAACGGUAGAUCCAGGGAUAUUUUUUCUAACACUAAAUUUUGCAAUCAAAUACGGCUAUACAACAUAAUUGAACUGGGCAGAAUAGAACUGCGACAGAAUAGAACUGUUUUUUGGUAGUGUGCGUUUGUAUUUUUUUUAAAGUGAGAAAUUGCCUAUAUUUCGAUUCAAUAAUUCGAUAGCGAGCUUCAAAGAUGAUCUUACUUUAGAAAACGAUUGUUCUACAGUAUUGAUGAAGGGAUGAAAACAGCUCUAUUGUGUCGCAGUUCUAUUAUGGCCGUUUCUGUUGUGUCGCAGUUCUAAUCCGCCCAGUUCUAUAAUGUCGCAGUUCUAUCACGUUGUACCGCCUUAAAUGCGCGGGAAUUUUCAGGAGUAUUUGUCGAUGAUCACUGUAAGCAUGUCGUAUCACCGUAGCCGCCCUGUCCGAAUGACAAAGAUACCAACUUCAUUUUCCUAUCGUGAAUUAGUUCCAUGGCAUAGAACUCAUUCCGAAACAGUUGAUGAUCGUGCUAUGAUUCGUGCCAUUGGUUUUCAUGUAGUCUAUGGUAUUCCUAAGGUGUGGUGCUUAAAAAAACGACAAAUUUAGAAGCUCAAAUGAUGUGCUGUUUGUCACCGGUUGCAGUAGUUUCUUGUCUCAUACUGGCGAAAUGGAGAAAAGUAGUGUCUUUCGAUGUUUUUGAAAAAGAUUGCGUUUGGCUUUGCGAGGAAAUUAUCUCGGACGGUGGCGAUGUUGUUGGAUAUAAAUCGAAAGGGACCGACGGAAGUGCCCUCGCAAAAUAUGCACUAGAAAAACUACGGUCAUGCGUGAUUUUUGAUGGAGCAAACGUUUCACCAGUGCCUAAUCAUGGCUGUUUCAUUCAGCUGGCUUACAAUAAAAACGCUGUAAUUUGUAGAUUCUCAAUCAAAGCAGUUAUUGGUCUGUGGAAUCCACAGUGUGGAUAUGUGCUUCUUUUCAAAUGCAUUUUCUUUCAGCAAUUUCUAUUACAUCUCGAAUGUUCGGCAACCGCCCCACUUUGAAUGUUGAUCAAGUUAUCCAUGACGUUCUCUAUUUGUGCGAUUGGCUCCAGUUCGAAUUCUUGUUCUGCCGUGUUAGUCGCUUGGCUUCGGAAUAUUUCUAAAACCUCCUAUUUCAGCCAUGUGAAAAUCUUCAUGAUGUAAUAAAAGAUUUUAUCAGCAGAGAAGACUGGGCACAUGUUGAUCAAGGAUGGCUCGCUUCGGAUGGUGAACAUGAAAGCAUAUUCGAAUUCGGGGAUUAUCCGAAAUCAAUAACAUUGCGCGUAAGUCACGUGUACCUCUCGGUCUCGAGCUGGUUUUGGCGCCGCACGAAAUUGGCGGAAAUACCGAGUUUUCGGAUUUUCAGUCGGAAUUUCGGAAUUGAUUUUGAACCGUCGGAAUUUCCGGAAGAAUUUCGGAAAGGAAAUUUUUGAAUCCGACACUCGAGAAGUAGGCAAAUCAAUUAGCGAAUUAUAUAAUUAGAUUAGAUCUAAUUAUCUAAUUCGCUAAUUCGCGUUUCUAACCGGACCUAGUUAGAUUACUACUGAUUUCUAAAUCUAGUUAGCUGAUUUUGCAAUCUAAGCAUAAUCUAGCUAGGUUUGACCGAAAUGUUAAUCUAAUCACUCUAUUAACGUCACUCUAUUAUAAACUGAGCAAACAAAUAACCUUCAGGGCCGCAAUUCAAAAUGCCAAGAAACAAUGAAGAUGUUUGCAAAUCUAGUUCGCCCCUUUAUUCAAUCUUUAUAUAUUGUUUGCUUUUAUGUUACGUCUCCGAUAUGCCCCAUAGAACUCACUUCCGGUCAGUUAUCUAAUUAUCUGUUUUUUUUUCGCACUCCAUCGUUUUGCAGAUAGCAGUCUCAUUCGCAAAAUUUGCCAAGUGUCACUAGAAGGAAGACUGAAUCUUCCUUUCGAUCCACUACGUGAGUUUUUCUACGUCGUCAUGAUCGCUAUCAACUCCCGUCUUAAUUAGACAGUCUAUUUUGCGAAUUUUUUCAGUGGAGUCUAUAAAUUCUGAUUCGUUCAAGAAUUCUUUGAGUGUUUUAAAGGACAAAGGGCUUCUCAAUCCAACAAAUCCGAACCAUGUUGCACGCAGCAGUAAUCCAGCUAUCAUUGAUCUUAUGCUGAAGUUGGAAAGAGUUCUGAAAGAGUAG